UGUAUAUAUCUAACCGUAUAUGAGCUGUACAGUACGUAUAUAGCAGUAUAAACCCUAUAAAUUUCCCAUGAAAAUCCUUCGUUCCAAAAAAGAGCCCGAAACUGUGUUUCAAUGCAUGACGUGUCCCCAUCCGAAACCGUUAGAUCGAUGUCGUACGGCCCGGAUUGAGCUGUUCCCCGCUCUCCCCUCUCUCUCUCCUCCACGAAACACGGCGGCGGCAAAUCCCCCCUCCGGCGAGACCCCUCUCGACGAAACACGGCGGCGGCGGCAUCACUCCGGCGAGAGGUGCCCCCUCGCUUCCGCUGGGCGAGCCGAGGCUCUCCGUGCGUGGGGAGCUCGUCGAGACCACCGCCCCCAAUUCCCGCGGGCAUCGGCUCCGCCACCACCACCAGCAGCGUUUCUCCCCCCCAACCACGGCGGCGCGGUGAGCAGAUCGGGAAUCUCUCUCUCUCUCUCUCUCUCUCUCUCUCUCUCUCUCUCUCUCUGCCGGGUCGGAGGGGGAUCGAUGUUCACGAACGCGCAGCGGCAGGUCGAGCGGACCGGACGCCACGGCACCCCGAGAGACCAGCACCUCCAGGAUCUCGUCACCCAGUUCCAGGAGGCCACGGAUGAAGAGUCCAAGGAGAGAAUUGUUGCAAAUUUGGCGAAUUUCGCAUAUGAUCCUUAUAACUACACCUUUAUGCGCCAGCUAAAUAUCCUAGAAUUGUUCUUGGACUGCAUUACGGAGCCAAACGAAAGGCUUAUCGAAUUUGGCAUCGGUGGAAUCUGUAACUCUUGUGCCGAUCCAGCAAAUGCUUCAGUCAUUACUCAUUGCGGUGGAAUUCCGUUGGUCAUACAAUGCUUAUCUAGCCCAGUGAAGAAUACGGUGAACUAUGCACUUGGGGCUUUAUAUUAUCUGUGUAACCCUUCGACAAAGAAAGAUAUUCUGAAACCAGAAGUACUUAAGGCAGUAAGAGAGUAUGCCGUGGCUGGAGAUGCUAAUACCAGCUUCAGAAAUCUGGCAAACGCUUUCCUAGACAAGCAUGUCAACUCAUGACCUCUAGACUCUAGUUCAGAAUUGCAGAAGGGAGGAGUUUAUGAAAGCAUGUCAUAACUCACAACAUAGAACAAACCGUUCUACAGAGGGAGGAAGAAUCAGACAAAGCCUUUACUCUGUAAGAAUCCAGAGUUUGUCAUGCCAUCCUUGUACUCUUUCGUUCUUGAUGAGAAAAUUGCUUGGCUGAAGUGAAGAAUCUUGUGCCUAGAUCAAGAACGGUGUCACAGCCAUCAAUUCUCGAGUUAACCAGUGACUUGUAAUCAUCUUUCCUUGGCCUUGUACUUCUUUGACGCAUGUUUGUGCAAUUGUCAGUCAUGCCGCGGCUUGACCAGCAAGGGUUUUAUAUGCUCAGCCUGCAUCUUUGGCUCUUUGCCUGUUUGCCAUGAUGCCAUCUGCCGUUGGAAUGUUUAACGUCAGCUGUCAAGGACUCAAGGCUGCACGCACAGCUUCAGCUAGAGAGUACAACAGUGUUUUAUUAUGAUAAAGGGCUUGUUCGGAGAGCUUAAGAUUCCGAGAAA